GUUUCCCCUGGCCCUUACACCAGACAUGGUGUCAGGGCCAGAGGAAACUCGGGCUAAUCCUAGCAAAGUGCUGCUGUUAGUGGGGUUCCACAAAUGGCGCGUGGCUGUGACAUGAAUAUAAAAUGACCGAGGAAGAACCGGAGAGACACCAUUGGCAUAAAAUAAAACAAAUGGUGACUGAAGGGACACCCAGGGGAGCUACAUCCGAUCAGGUCGUAAUAGACUGAAGGGUGACAACGUAAAUGAUGACGAUGUCUCAUAUACACUGACCAUAAUGGCUGAAGGGAUAUCAGAGGGAGAAACAUUAAAACAAUGCGGGACGAAAGAGGAGAUAGCAGAGGGUGCGACAUUGAAACCCUGGGGGACGAAAGAAAAGAUACCAGAGGGCGCCACAUCGAAACAAUGCAAGACUGAUGAGGCGGUACCAGAGGGCGCCACAGCGGAACAGUGCCGGACUCAUGAGGCGGUACCAGAGGGCGCCACAUCGGAACAGUGCCGGACUAAUGAGGCGGUACCAGAGGGCACCACAUCGGAACAGUGCCGGACUCAUGAGGCGGUACCAGAGGGGGCCACAUCGGAACAGUGCCGGACUCAUGAGGCGGUACCAGAGGGGGCCAUAUCGGAACAGUGCCGGACUCAUGAGGCGGUACCAGAGGGGGCCACAUCGGAACAGUGCCGGACUCAUGAGGCGGUACCAGAGGGCACCACCUCGGAACAGUGCCGGACUCAUGAGGCGGUAUCAGAAGGCGCCACAUCGGAACAGUGCCGGACUCAUGAGGCGGUACCAGAGGGCGCCACAUCGAAACUAUGUGAAAUGCAUGAGGAGCUACUAGAGGGCGCCACAUGUAAUCGAGGAGAAGCAGAACACCAAUCAAUGUUGAGAUGGACUAAAGACCUGAUUGAACAGCCGUCUAAAGAAAUCAUUAAAUUGAUGAAAGAAGAUCCAGGUCUUAUAAGCAAAAGGAUUACCAUUGAAUGUUCACAAGAUGGGUGUACUUGCUCCAACAGUUUUGAAAGGCUCGAGUUUCAUGCAGCUUCAUCCAGGAAAAACACUCUUCACCACAUCAAGACUUUAAUAGAACGUGGACAUUGUCCUCACAUGUUCGUGGAUACAGUCUCUAGUCAUAAGGAUCUAAACCAAUCAAAAACGACAACAGACAAAACUGUAAGAUCAGAAACUACCAAUAACAUUGCUAGGAGCAAACAAUCUGAGAAUGAACAGUGUGCCGAUACGGUUUUGGCAGGAAUAACUGCCGUCCAUAUUGCCAGUAUAUUUGGAAAGGUCAAGAUUGUUGAGUACAUAGCGCAUGCGUUACAAGAAAGAAUCCGAUCACCCUAUAUUAUCGAGUGCGAAGAGAUGUUUACAUCUGUGCACGAGUAUGACCCAUAUUAUUUGUCUGUGUUCCAUCGACAGGACCAGACACUGGGACUUCUUCGGUCGUACAUUACCCACCCAAUGGCCUGGACCGAGGUGUAUAAAAAGGUACUGCAUAAUAGUAUACAACUGGCCGUACUGAAUGACAACGUCCGAGCCCUAAAAAUCCUUAUUCCUCCCCCUCACAGUAGAAAUGAAUAUGACAUGCAUUGUGCCUUAUUGUUGGCAAUCAAGAACCAUUGCAUGAAGAGUUUAAAGUGGCUGUGUAAGGAGGGAGCAUUACUGGCACCCUCAGCCUUUGCAGGACUAUCUUUACCGUGUUCAUGUCGGAUCAGGAAGGACGAAGUUAUCAAGGGCAUAUUCUUGAAGGAGGACAACAUGGUCGUUGAGGAGCUUUUUCGACAUGGAGGCUUCAGAUACCGCCGUAUGUUGCUACACUACGCUGUCUUUUACGAUAACACUGUCGUGACGGCGUUCAUUCUUGAAAACUACAAAAAGAUGUUGCCGAAGAAGAAAUCUUACUUUGAAGGUCGUAAAAUGAUCCCUGUCACCAUACAGGCCGUCUUAAACAAUUCCACAAAUAUACUAGAGGUUUUGCUCCGCAGCGAACAUAUUGCGGCCGGUGAAAUGUACAAACAUUAUAUAGCGCUUGACUGGGCACGAGCCCUCCACUUUGAUCAGUGUGUCGUGCUCCUGGAGAACGAUAGGGUACCGCAUGACAGCGAUGCCACAGAGAAGUACCCUCCACUAGUAGAGGUAUUUGGUGAGAACAUUAACAGCUUUUACUAUAGUAAGUCUGUUCUCGUUCUUCGUUUGUUACAAAACGGAAAUGACGUCAAUGGCGAGUCAGUGAACGGAAAGACAGCACUGUACGCCGCCCUAGAGUCCAAAACCUACUCAUUGGUGCGGCAGCUGCUAAUGGACGGGGCUGACCCCUUCUGUGGCCGGAACUGUCUCACUUCAUUCCUGUCACUUAGACUGCUAGGAGAGCUCCUGUAUGCAAAUGUGGAUAUAUUUGAAAGACGUACUGGAGUGUCCCUUGUUCAUCAACUUCUUUUUUCAUUUCCAAAAUUACAUUGCCAUUUGGUGUUUCUAUUAAAGCAUGCACACACCAUACCGAAACCCGACCUAAAACUGCUUCACUCGUUACAUGACAGUAAUAUUGUGUCACGUGACAUAUUAGAACAAAUCAAUAACUACCUGGAAACGCCGAAGUCUCUCGUCCUCAGGUCACGUGAUAUAAUUAGGAGUCAUUUUGGAUACAAGAUACACGACUUUGUCCGAAUUUGUAAUCUCCCGACUCAGAUCAAAUCCAUACUGACACUUGAUGGAAUCUUGGACUAUUUCAUGUCGCUGCCUUUUAGUGACUAGAAAACCAUAGGACGCUUACAAUCUAUAAAACGCAUUGAAACUGUGUUAACAGUUUGGUGUAUGAUGCAGUUACUCGAUAUAUUUGAGGGUUAUCUACACAAAUAUAUCUUUUGUAUGAGAUUGAGAGCUUACAAAGAUUAAUAUCCGCUUCUUUAUAUGUUCCUUAAGAAUUUGAAUAUGGCGUUAAAGUUUUUGUAGUAUCUACACCCUGUCAGAUCGAUAUCGAGCUACCAGUCAAACUCACAUCGAUACUCCCAUGGUUGUUCUAAUAGGAAUGACAAAGUGUGCAAAUAUCCACAAUGUAUAGAAUGGUAAAAAUCUAAAUUAGUUUUGAUUUCUGUAAUAUGAAUAGCUUACACUUUUCACAUAGAUGUAAAUCCCCAUUCCUUUUAGAUCACAAUUUGUUGAAUACUUC